UAAAUCGUAUUUAGAUUCGAUUGGAGAAUUGAUGGAUCAAAGACAGUUUGAUGAAAAAGGUAGAUUGAUGGCAUCUAAACCUAAUCUGAAAUCAAAUCAAAAACCUACUAUCACUUCAAUUAAUCAAACUGAAAAGAAUCAAAAAGUUAUUGACGAAAGUGAAGUGAAUGAAACUAAAGAAAUCAAACCGGUUCAACUUCCAACAGAAUCGUACCAAGACGCUCAAAAAGAUCUUCCAGUUGAUCUGACCCCUAUCCGAUCCAACGAAAAGACCCGACUAAACUGGCGAGAAAAGUUAUACCUAGCACCUUUAACGACCGUAGGAAACUUACCGUUCCGAAGAUUAUGUAGUACUUUAGGAUGUGAAAUCACGUGUGGAGAGAUGGCCUUAUGUCAAGAUUUGAUUGGAGCUAAUACCAAUGAAUGGAGUUUGGUCAAACGACAUCCUAGUGAAAAGAUCUUUGGAGUUCAAGUCGCUGGAUCUAGACCUCAACUCUUGGUACCGGCUGCUGAGAUGAUUGGGAAUGAAUUGAAGGUAGAUUUUGUUGAUGUCAAUUGUGGUUGUCCAAUUGAUUUAGUAUUCAAAAAGGGAUCAGGUGCCGCUUUAUUAGAACAUACACAAAGACUUGGAAAAAGUUUAAUCGGAAUGUCAAAGGUUUUAAAAGAGAUUCCAUUAACGAUUAAACUAAGAACAGGCAUUACAGAAGGUAAGAAUCUAGCACAUAAGAUCAUACCUCAAUUACAACAUUGGGGAGUUGGUGCUACAACACUUCAUGGUAGGUCUAGACAACAAAGGUAUUCUAAAAGAGCAGAUUGGAAUUAUAUUUCAGAAUGUGUGAAGACUUUACAUCGAACGUUUGAAGAAGAACCAGAUUUACCACAAAUUCCGAUCUUCGGUAAUGGUGAUUGUUAUGAUUAUAGAGAAUAUUAUGAAAAUAUGGAAAUGAGUGGAGUAGAUGGAAUCAUGAUUGCUCGUGGUGCAUUAACAAAGCCUUGGAUCUUUACUGAAAUUAAAGAAAGAAGAGAUUGGGAUAUUAGUAGUAGAGAAAGAUUAGAUCAAAUUGGAAAACUUGCUUCAUUUGGAUUAGAACAUUGGGGAAGUGAUACACAAGGAGUCAAUACCACUAGAAGGUUUCUUUGUGAAUCAUUAGGGUUUCAAUACAGAUACGUACCUGUCGGUUUACUAGAAAGAUUACCAGCCAGGAUUAACGAUCGACCUUACCCAUUCAAAGGACGAGACGAACUAGAAACUUUGUUGGCAAGUGGAUCUUCUAAAGAUUGGGUUAAGAUCUCUGAAUUGUUUUUAGGACCUACACCUAUUGAUUGGAACUUUAUUCCUAAACAUAAAAGUAAUGCAUAUGAAGAAGGAAAUGGAUAA